AAUCUAUUAUUAACAACUUCGUCUCAAUUGUUUUCGCUGUAAAACAAAGAUGGAUCUUUUAUAUUCAUUACUUGUCUCAAAUAAGAGAAAGAAAUCAAACAAAACUAUACUAUUCAUAGAUAUUUACGAUAUGUUCCUUAUGGUAAUUGGGUUCAUGAAUUAUGGUCAACAAACACUACGAGUUGCAAGGUACAUUGGUCAAAGUUUCAUGAUUAUCUUAUCUCACGCAAAUCGUUUACCUGUAACUAUUCAAUAUCCUUAUGAAAAAUUAAUCGCAUCAGAACGUUUCCGCGGUCGAAUCCAUUUUGAAUUUGAUAAAUGCAUUGCUUGUGAAGUAUGUGUUCGUGUAUGUCCUAUAGAUUUACCCGUUGUUGAUUGGAAAAUGGAAACGGAUAUUCGAAAGAAACGAUUGCUAAAUUACAGUAUUGAUUUCGGAAUCUGUAUUUUUUGUGGUAACUGUAUUGAGUAUUGUCCAACAAAUUGUUUAUCAAUGACGGAAGAAUAUGAACUUUCAACUUAUGACCGUCAUGAAUUGAAUUAUAAUCAAAUUGCUUUGGGCCGUUUACCAAUGUCAAUAAUCGAUGAUUAUACAAUUCGAAUAAUUCAAAUAAAAAAAGACAAUUUUUUAUAA